AUGGCAGCGAUGAACUUGAUCUGGGAAACGUAUGUUCCGUCAAAAUUACAUGUGUUCGGUUGGAGGGCUUUGCGGGAUAGGCUCCCGUCGAGGGAACAACUUGCAGCUCGUGGGAUAAUUACGGAGGAGAGCGGCAUGGUAUGUGUGUUCUGUUACACUGAGAUUGAAUCUUUGAAUCACUUGUUAGUGGGGUGCUGUGAGGCAAGAAAAGUAUGGCAGAAAAUUGCAGGAUGGUUGGGGAUUGACUUGGAGAAUGUUGAAGAUGUUGUUGAACAUUUGUUGGAUUUUGAGGGGUGCCUUACAGGGUUGGUGAGCAAAAGGAAGAGGCUACUGGUUUGGUUGGCAUCGGUUUGGGCUAUGUGGUGGAUGAGGAAUGAGAUAAUCUUUAAUGACCAAGAAUAUCAUGAGGAUGAAGUUGUGCACAAGGCAAUCUCUCUUGCUUGGUUGUGGAAUUUGAUAGGAUCCAAGUCCAACUCUGUAUCAAAUUUUUACUUAUGGAGCCAUUGUCCAGUUCAAUUCUUAAACUGUUGA